AACAAUGUACAAAAUUCCAUUAUAGUGGAAUUCAUGGAAAAUAAUCCCGAUAUCGCAAAGGGCUACACGAAACGCGAUAAACCACUUGUUAAUGCUCUUUGGGAAGAGCUAACAAAUUCUCUAAAUAGCGCAGGCCCACCCCAAAAGGAUGCUAAUGGAUGGAAGAAGGCAUGGACUGAAUGGAAGAGUGAAAUUAAAAAAAAAUUAUCACACAACAAAUGCGAAGCUCGAGCGACUGGUGGUGGGCCCUUUACCAAACACCAACUAACACAAUUAGAAGAAUCGGUUGUACGUAUAUGUGGAAUUGCUCAAUCGGUCUACGGUGUUGCAGGCGUUACACUUGGUCAAACAGAAUCUGCGAAGGACCUUCUCAACGAUGAAACGAACAACGAAAUGCCCUCAACGUCAUCGACUAGAUCUCCAAAAACAAACAAAUGCUAA